CAGGGACCAUUUUCGUAACUAAUUUCGUAAAUUAUUCGGAGAAAGUUCUCGGUGAAGCGAAGAUUCAUUUUUCCUAUGUCUAACCCCUUUUCACCUCCGCCGAUGUCCUCUCAUUCUUAGGGUUGCAAUUUCCCUAAAGCUAGGAAGUCUAAUCAGUCUCGAUUAAGCCCCAGAAGGUUUUUCAGGUCUUGUGAUUAAGUACAGUAACUCAGUCGGAGCAGUUUAGAAAAGAUGAUUCGAGUUGCUGCUGGUAGGCAGUGGAAUGGUAUUAUCAGAGAACUCCAUGGUUCAAGUUCGCCUAUCACACCGCUGUUUCUGCAACAGUUUUCAACCACUAGUCAGUCUAAAGUGGCUUACACUGGCUCAGAAAUUCUCAACUACAUGGGGGGAUUGGAUGGUGAUGAAAAACAGUUGAUCCAUAAGUUGGUGAAUUUUCGCAUGAAAGAAGGCAAAAAGACGAGAGUUCGUGCUAUCUUCCAUGAAACCCUUCACAAGCUAGCUCGUACUGAUCGUGAUGCAGUCAAACUUAUAUCUGAAGCCCUAGAGAAUGUGAAACCCAUUUGUGAAGUAGCAAAAGUAAGAAUAGCUGGUAAUAUUUAUGAUGUCCCUGGGGUUGUAGCCAGGGAUAGGCAACAAACUUUAGCUGUUCGUUGGAUCCUUGAUGCAGCUAAAAAACGACGAACUAAUCAUAGCUCAAGAUUGGAGGAAUGUUUGUCUGCUGAGAUAAUGGAUGCUUACAGGAAGAGGGGAACUGCACGUAAGAAAAGAGAGGUUCUUCAUGGACUUGCUUCCACCAAUCGAAGCUAUGCCCAUUUCAGAUGGUGGUAAUAUGGUACCACACAAGAUCUACAUCUCCUUUAAUCAGAUUAUCUGGUCAUCUUUGUUGCUUUUCCUCAACAUUUUGGACGUGUGAAGAUUGAUGAUGCUAGAGAAUCCAAUAAUCAAAGGGUUUGCUGAAUCCAUUACUUGUAAUAGACGAUGUUAUUUCUUAAUUUUCAAAUAUACUCAUUUUAGAAGUUUCAUGCAUACUUUCUUUACAUGUUAUGCAUUCUGUUAUUGAUUUGAUUAAUGAUUUCAGUGAAUUUGAUCAUA